AAAAGAUUAUGAUUGAAUAUCAUGACCCUUUUUUUAAUAGCAGACCUUUGGCAGGCAAAGUUGAAUUUGAAAAUGUCUACUAUCGUUUUGGAUAGAAUCUUAAGAUUACCUAAGAUUCGGCAAUGUAAGAUGUGGGUUACGAAUACGAAUGUCGCUCUGUAGUGUAAAGCUGAAUCUUUUAUCUUUCCUUUUUCUUUCGUCCAACAUCUAAUUACAUCUACUCCGUUUUAAAGUCUAUAAUGCGGCACAGUUAUAAAAUGCAGGCCUCUCGUGUUCGUUCCUUGUCCGGUUGAAUUUCUUGCGCUUCCUUCCCAUCUUUUCUCUUUUUCCCUCCAAAAUAUAAUAUAUACGUGUAUAUCUUAUUUUCAUUUUAAUUUUAAGACAUAGUAACGUGGUGCGCUACGUACAAAGAACAGACCUCUUGUCAACAAUGCGCCAAGUCAGGUUGGGCUAGGUGAUAACGCUGUCGCGAUCACCGUCGAUCACACGAAGCGUCUUUUCGACCUGUCACCUCUGUCAUAGGAAUACGUUACUUGUACGUCACGUCAGUUAGGAAACGUUAUUAAGGUUUCGGAGAAACAACAUACCACAUAACGAUGAAAAUUUUCCAAUGAGGCGAGCGUCGUUGCUUCGACGUUUGUAGUUUCUAGAGGACGAAAAACAGGAGGAAGAAGACGUAUGUGGACUUCUCGACGCCAUCUCAUCUCCAUUUAGUCCUCAAAAGUGUACUGAAAUCAUGGAACGGGCUCCGACCGACACGGCUGAAGAGAGCGGAGAGAAGAUACAGAUCACGCCGCCGGUCCAGAUAGUGCGAGUUCCAGUGAAACACGCCAAUCUUGGGAUACGAAGUCACGCCAUGGACAUGAGCACAAUGGUGGAACUUACGUCAUUCAGCACGCUGGGGAAGAUACAGCCCUUUUUAGUCACCAUCACAACCACCGCGGCCCUAUUAGUGGACCUGCACUGUCACUUAACGGACAAGGAAGUCUGCGGCUACUUGGGCGGCCACUGGGACAUCAACUCGCACAAUCUUUCCAUAACGUGCGCGUUCCCGUGCCGGUACUCUGGUAAGGACAAGUCAGCCGCGGCAGCCGUGGAAGCUGAAAUCGCAAGAGCCAUGGAAUGGAAGCGUGUUACGCUGGUAGGCUGGUAUCAUUCCCAUCCGCGCUCUCACGCGUCGCCUUCCUUGAGGGACGUGGACUCUCAGUUGGAUUAUCAGAUCAAGAUGAAGGGGCCUAGCGAUAACGGAUACAUACCGUGCGUGGGAUUGAUAUGCUCACCUUACAACAUGGAUGGUACGUGUUACGAAUCGAAUUUCAAUGUCUUCUGGUCUCUGCCGCCGCCUGAGAAUAGACCCCACGAAUAUCCUCGACCUAUGCUUCUUAGUUAUACAUUAUCGCAGGAGCACUUUCUCUCCCAGGAUACCUUGGAGGAGAUUAGAAGAAGUAUAGAAUAUUACAAGAGCGAAGGUGGAAUCGACUUUACUGCCACGUUUAAUGGUACGACGACGUAUCUCGAACGUUUAAGGUGUUCCUUGGCAUCGAAAUUGCCCGGUCGAAACAGAUCGAACAGCUCAUACUGGGACGUGAUCAGAGAGAUGAUCUGCCCAGGCUCCGAGGAUGGUACGACGCCCGACUUCCUGACUAUGAAAUUUCCCUUGGUAUCUGCCUCGGACGCGCUGGUGCCGCCAGUUCCGCCUGGCGUAGGCCUCACGGCCGGUAACGCGGCUGUUUUCCUCGCGCCGGUCAACUUCAAACCCGACGGCGGUGCCAUAAUCACGCCCACGUCCAAGCCCUUCGUGCUACAGCCGUCGACUUCUCGGGACGGCAUCAAGAAGGACAGCAACUUGGGCCCCACGGAUGCCGCGUCCAUCACUCAGAUAAAGGACAGCAGUUCUGUCGUGGGUCCCAAGCAUAUAUCGCCAUCGGAGAUAAUACCGAGCUUCCACGCGGGCGAACUCACGGUGUCGGUGAAGAACGCCAAGUGCGACUAUGAUUUCGCACCUGCGGACUUCUCGAAACUGCCGAAUCUGGUUGGCGACGGCAGUACCAAGUCCCGAACGUCGACGACGCCCGACUUCCCGCUAGCGGAUAUCACUCAACAGAUCACCAAGUUCUCGGAUCUGACGAAAUUGGCGACUUUCCCGACUACCGAUCUAGCGAAGCUGUCGAGCUUCUCCAUCGCGGAUUUCACGCGAACCUCGUCGCCCUCGCCGUCCACGUAUAUGCGCAACAUCGCAAACCUGUUCGGUCCCCUCAGCAAGAUCUCGCCGGCAAAGGACAUGGACGGUACGGAACGCAAGCCAGGCGAUUUCGUCACCGUCGACGCGCGUCCGUCACCCUUCAAGGGUGUCAGCUCGUCGGAGACUUGCAGAACGUUUUCGGUUAGCGCCGACGAUUAUGCGAACGAUCGAAAGAACGUGGACGCGCAAACCGACCCGACCAAGAUCGGCAGACCGGGCGAGUAUCAAGGAACGGAGGAUCUAACAAUAUCGAGCGUUAAAUCUGAUUUCGGAAGCAUGCUGGACAUGACGGCGUUGCAUAAAAAGCAACACGCAUCGCACGCGGCCGACUUGGGAGAUUCCUUGAAUCUUUCGAAAGAUCGGUAAAUCCGUUAAGUAUACUCGAAAUAUAUGUAUUGGUAGAAACGUAUUCUAAAACUUGAAAUUUGCCAAUUUUCGAGACUAUUAAUUUUCGAACAGAAUAUCAGGACGUGCGCGCAUCCAAAUCUCGUUUGUAUUAUUAAUAGCUUUAAAAAAGUAUUAUCGAUAUUUAUGAAAUGUGUUAAGAACAUAUUUACAUUGCGCGUAAUGUUAUUUUUAAUCAUUUACAUUUUAAAUUAUAUUACAGAUCUUAUUAUCAGUAUUUUUUUAAUAUAUAAGAAAGUGUAUGGCACGUAUAUUGCUGACCUUGGCAACAAGACUUAUUAAUGAAAUCUCUAUGUUUCAUCUAGUGCUCAAAUUUAUUCUUUGCAUUUUGUACUGCGGUAUGAAAAUAUAUAUGAAAACGUAUGUAAGAGAAUUGUGGACAUUAAAAAUGACUUCUAUAAGUAA